CAUUUUUGUAGCAAUGUGUCAGAUUGUAUUCGAUAAAUUUUAGUUUCUAAUAUUAUUUUUUUUAAUCAAAAUGUACAAAGGCUUUUCAAGAAUAUGGACUAUUUAUUGUACUGAUAGACUUCAACCUUGUGUUACACCUUUCGUCACCAGUGUUUUAAAUCCACGAAAAGGAAAACUUGGAAGUGUAGGUUAUGUUUUCAAAAGAACCAAGAAACAUGAUAAGGGUAAUCCAUCAGCUUUGUUUGUUCCUGUACCAGUUAAACCAAAUCCAGACGAUAUCAAUAUAGGCGAAGAAUUUACAGGAAGAUUAAAAAAACAAGACUUGUUAAAAAUAUUGAAUAAAUUUUAUCAGAAAGCUGAAGUAAGAGUGUUGGCAUCUGAGAAUGGGUUGGAUGACCAGUUAUUACAUCAGGCAUUCUUGUCGUUUCGAAGACAUUGUUUGGAACAUGAUUUGCCACCAGAUUUACACAUAACUAUAAGUGAUAUAUUAGUAGGUGCUGGACAUGUAGAUGAUUUAUUUCCAUAUUUUCUAAGACACGCUAGGUUAGCAUUUCCUCAUCUAGACUGUUUAGAAGAUUUAAAGAAAAUAUCAGAUUUAAGAACCCCAGCCAAUUGGUAUCCUCAAGCUCGGAAUAUGAAUAGGAAGAUAGUAUUUCACGCAGGUCCUACGAACUCUGGAAAGACUUACCAUGCCAUGGAAAGAUACCUCACUGCCAAAUCCGGGGUUUAUUGUGGACCACUCAAAUUAUUAGCUACAGAAAUAUAUCACAAAUCAAAUAAAAGGGGGACGCCAUGUGACUUAAUAACUGGUGAAGAGAGGCGACACGCGUCACAAUAUAGUACAUUACUAGAUAAUGAUGAAGAAAAAGUUACAGAAACUGAUGAACAGCCAUUUCUUCUCGAUGAACCGGAACUCACUCCAUCAAAACAUGUUGCGUGUACAGUGGAAAUGACAUCAUUGAAUGACAGUUAUGAAGUAGCAAUCAUAGAUGAAAUCCAAAUGAUUGGUGACAGAGGCAGAGGGUGGGCGUGGACGAGAGCUGUGUUAGGUUUACAAGCUGAUGAAAUUCAUUUGUGUGGAGAGGCUGGUGCCAUAAAUUUAGUGGAAGAAAUUUGCAAUACUACUGGAGAAGAAAUGGAGAUUCGUACAUACAAAAGGUUGACGGAAUUGAAAGUAGAGGAUUCAGCGCUUGGCUCGUUGGAUAAUGUGAAACCCGGUGAUUGUAUCGUGUGUUUCAAUAAGAACGACAUUUACAGUGUAAGUCGUGCGAUAGAACAGAGGGGACAUGAAGUGGCGGUUAUAUACGGCAGUUUACCGCCAGGAACAAAAUUGGCACAAGCAAAUAAAUUCAAUGAUCCUGACAGUUCAUGUAAGGUUAUGGUCGCUACGGAUGCUAUCGGCCUUGGUAUCAAUUUGAGUAUAAGAAGGAUAAUAUUUUAUUCUCUAAUAAAGCCAGUUGUAAAUGAGGAUGGUGAGAAGGAAAUGGAUGUAAUCAGUAUAUCACAAGCUUUGCAAAUAGCAGGUCGAGCAGGUAGAUACGGUAGUGCCUGGGAGACGGGUUAUGUGACAACAUUCAAAGCGGAAGACUUGCCAACACUAAAGACGCUAUUGUCCAAACCGCCCGACCCAGUAAUGCAAGCUGGCUUGCAUCCAACCUCUGAACAGAUGGAGUUGUACGCUUAUCAUUUGCCACAUGCAAGUCUUAGUAGCUUAAUGGACAUAUUCGUACACCUGUGCACGGUGGACGACUCGCUAUACUUCAUGUGCAACACGGAGGCGUUCAAGUUCCUAGCGGAGAUGAUACAGCACGUGCCGCUGCCGUUGCGUGCGAGAUACGUGUUCUGUUGCGCGCCGAUCAAUAACAAACUGCCGUUCGUGUGCGCUACUUUCCUUAAGAUGGUGCGGCAAUACAGUCGCAACGAGCCGUUAACCAAAAACUGGUUGAGCAACGUAGUGGACUGGCCGCUACCAGCACCAAAGACGAUCAUGGAUCUAGUGCAUCUGGAAGCUGUUUUUGAUGUUCUCGAGUUGUAUUUGUGGCUUAGCUAUAGAUUCCCGGACAUGUUCCCGGACGUGAAGCUCGUUCGCGAAAUGGAGACGGAACUAGAUGCCAUCAUACAGCAAGGGAUCUUCCAAAUUACCCGAUUACUACGAAACUCGGAUCAAGCGCUCAAAGACGGUUCAGAGUUGGAGGAAGUCGGUAGAGGCAAAAAGAAAAUGUCUCACGGACACUCGAGAGGUGAUGACUCGAAGGGAAAGCUGUCAGAAAUGCUUGUAGCUAGGGGCCUUAUAACACCGCAGAUGUUGAAAAAACUACAACAAGAAUUAACGUCAGAUAAACAAGACAGGAGUAGUCGAGGCAAACCUAACAGGAAUAGACGGAAAUGAAAAUUAUUUGUACCAUAGUUGUGUGUCCGAUCGUGCGAAUGUCCAAUAAAGUGUAUGUGAAUAGUU